AUGUCCGACAGGGAGGAAGAGUUUCGAGUUUACAGAGAAGACGUACGAAUUCCCUGCAGAUAUGGGAUCAAGUGUUAUCAGAAAAAUGCGGUCCACCACGAGAAGUACAAGCAUCCUCCCAUGAAAGAAACGAGAAACGGAAAAGCCCCGAGGCGUAAAACCAUGAAUCAGAAAAGGAAGAAGGAAGACGAUAGUCGGGUAUCGAAUGACUCUCCGCAAAAGAAAAUACAGAAGACAAAUGACGAAAUUACUAAUUCGCAUUGUAACUUGCACAUUGCAACAUGCAUCGAAAGCGGUACUUUGGAAAACGACGACACAGCUUGCGAAAUUACUGAAAAUUCGGAGAAUUCACAUGACGCAAAAUCUGCAGAAAAUUUAGGAGAUUUAGUCACCAUUGCAUCAUUGUUACAAGUCGGUGGUAUUAAUGUGAAAAAUGGGAAAAUACUUACAGCAACUGCUAGAGAAGUCAUUCCUUAUUUGUUCCUCCUUGAAAUGCCAGACGAUUUCUUUCAUCUUUAUGAAUUCUGCGAGAACAUUUGUGAGAGAGAUCCUCUCAACGCAUUGAAAGAUCUUAAUUUGCAACUAAUAGGUCCCUACGAUGUGUUCAGAGAGGAAUUUAUAAAUGGCAAGGUUGAGAAUAAAGAAGCAAUAUUGAGGCAUUGGAGGUAUUACUAUGAUCCACCAGAAUUUCAAACAAUUAUCAGAGAAAACGGCAAAGAUGGUUUGCAUUUUGGUUAUUGGAGAGACAAUGCCUCUGAGAAGCCCGUGUUCGUAGCGAAGAACAAAGCAGCCGUGAAUUGUAUAAUCGAGCCUGUCGCGGAAAAUAUAUUCGGUACGCUCGACGUAUAUUUUGAGGAGAGGUUGAAGUUGGUCACUCCGUUUGAGAAGAUUCGCGUAGCACAGCUGCACCAAAAGUUGAAAAGCUUCGCGAGCAGUAAGAAAAUUACCAUUGAAAAACGGACGGCGAGUAUGCAAGCUAGGGAGAAGCAAAUUGUGACAAGAACGUUUCACAGAGUUGGCAUCGUGGUGCCUUAUAACAAGAAAACUCAAUUGGGAUACAGAGACUUGGCUGUCACUGAUAGCGAACUACAGAGAUUGCUGAAACAAAUAGAAAACGCUCCGACGGAAGUAAAGAAGACGUUGACGUCGAAACUAGAGGAAGUGAUACGAUUGGCAACGAUCGCGGCCGACGAGUGCGAUUUUGGCACGGUUCUUGAGUUAGGCCAUGAUCUGUUUUCCAGCGGUGUCUCUUUCGUCGAAAGCAAAGCGCUAAACCUAUUGUCACUUGCCUACAACCUUCUGCAAAGACCGCAAUUUUUUGAAAUUCUCAAAUCCCAUUUAAAAGACAGAAGGAAGAGCUUGGAUUUGAGUGUUGUGCGAUUUGGUUAA